UUGUUGAAAAUUCUAGCUUUCAGGAGCCAAUUGUGAUGAAGUAUUGGAUGGAUUCUGGCCAAAUAACUUGAACCAUAGUGCUCAGGAUAGUAUUACUUGCUGGUUUCUUGGAUCUUUUUGUAAGAAACUGAGGGAAGACAGUAUCAUUGCUGAAUAGGACAACUGGCUUAGAGUUUGCUUUCUAGACUUGAGAACUAGAAAAAGGAUAAAUUUUGUGACCUUAGUUAAGACACAUAGCUCUCUCUUCAUGAGUUCUUAUUGAGCUUGUGAUCUGGGCCAUAACAGACCUCAGAGCAUCCAGGGACUUUGCCACUGCUGUGCUGACCUACAUCACCAUGGAUUACCAAUAAUAGGAUUUGCCACUCAGAAGCUUGGACUAUACUUACUCAAAACUUGCAAGGUAGUUUCUUACAGAGGAAUAUGGCUUCAGUUUCUCACUAUUGCCUGCUAGUUCUGGUCUUUCUGGAUUCACAUGCAGCUCAGCCAUCCUGUCUACCAGGAUGUACCUGCUCAGAGGACAGUUUCGGCAGGGCUCUGCAGUGCAUGUCUACCUCUUUGGGAAUGAUCCCAAGGAAACUUCCUGAAGAGUUAAAGCGGUUGAGAAUUGAAAAUUCACCCUUAUUCGAACUGCCCCAAGGGUCCUUCAUCAACAUGAGCACGUUGGAAUACCUUUGGCUUAAUUUUAACAACAUCACUGUGAUACACCUAGGAGCCCUGGAGCACCUGUCAGAACUGAAAGAGCUGAGACUGGAGGGGAACAAACUUCGUUCAGUGCCAUGGACAGCAUUCCAAGCCACCCCUCUUCUGAGGGUCUUGGAUCUCAAACACAACAGGAUUGACGUGCUCCCUGAGCUGGCUCUUCAGUUCUUGGUCAAUCUGACCUACCUUGACCUAUCCUCCAAUAGGCUUACAGUUGUAUCCAAGGGCGUCUUCUCGAACUGGCUGGCCUACCAGAAACCCCAUCAGCCUGGCUGCGGAGCCAGGAUUCACUCCAGUUUGGUGCUGGCACUGCACGACAACCCUUGGCUAUGUGACUGUCGCCUGAGGGGACUUGUUCAAUUUGUAAAGUCCAACAGCAUCCCGGUCAUCCUGGUGAAUUCCUACCUGGUGUGCCAACACCCUCUCUCCAAAGCAGGGCAGCUUUUUCAUGAAACUGAGCUCAGUGUUUGCAUGAAACCACAGAUCUCAACCUCCAAUGUCAGUGUCACCAUCCAGAUGGGACAGAAUGUGACCCUGAGAUGCCUGGCACAGGCCAGUCCCUCACCAACCAUUGUAUGGACUUAUCCUCUGAGCAUGUGGAGAGAAUUUGAUGUGUUGACCUCAUCUACUGCAGAAGAUACUGCUCUGUCGGAGCUGGUCAUACCUGCUGCCCACCUGGUGGACAGGGGUAAUUACACCUGUGUGGCCUCCAACUCCAUCGGCAGGAGCACCCUUGUCAUCUCCCUCCAAGUCCAGCCUGCCCAGACCCUGUCUGUGCCCCAUUCUGCCUUUUUCCCCUCGGAUGGCAAUGCCUAUGUUGACCUGAGGGUCGUCAAGCAGACAGUGCAUGGGAUUCUGCUGGAGUGGUUUGCGGUGGUUGACACCCCUGAGGAGAAAUGGUUCACCCUCUACAUUGCAUCAGAUGAAACACUCAAGAAGGAGGUGGUCCACAUCGGCCCUGGGAUCAACACGUACGCCGUGGAUGACCUCCUUCCCAGCACAAAGUAUGAGGCAUGCCUCAGUCUGGGGGGCCAGCCCCCACGUAGGGGCCAGUGUGUGGUCUUUGUGACGGGCAGAGACCAUGGCGAGCUGGAAGGACGGGAGCGCCUCCUGCACAUCACAGUGGUCCUGUGCGCUGUGUUGCUGGCGGUGCCUGUGGGCGCCUACGUCUGGGCAGCCCAGGCCCCCUGCAGCUGCAGGGAGUGGGGGCUGCACUGCUGUCCUCACCCCAGGAAGGCUCCCAGGUGCCCCCGUGGUGUGCCACAGCACAGGGACUGCUCCUAUAGAGAGCACAUAGCUGUCUGUGAGGACCGCCUGGGGCACAGAGAUGAUGAAGGGGAUGAAGAGAAAGAUGGAGAGGAAGACAGGGGCUGAACAGCUCAGACUGGGGGCAGGGGGUGGGGGGAAGCAUGGUCCUUUCAUCCCUAAACCCACCCUCUGUGGCAACUCUACUUGGCUUGACCCAUUCAUUCAAUAGUAUUUAUUGAGCACCUACUCUGUUCCAGGCACCGAACUUGACACAAUGAUCAGGUAGACACAAUUCUUCACAGAAGGGAUGGCAAUGGAGCUUUGUCCUGUCCAAACAGUUAUCUUAUUAUACAUGGUGACUGGAAAUCAAUAAAUGUUACUCUUUCCAUAUAUAUAGCUCUGUAACAUUUACACAUAACAUUUCACAUGUGUUAUCCUACUGGAGAAAGGUAGAAUUCUACCCCUCCUUUUUUUUUACAGGUGAAGAAGCUGAAGCCCAGAAAGUUACUUGUGUACCAUCACCCAUCUAGCUGCUGGUGGAGGCACCCCCUGACGGGAGCUCGAAUGCCAUUGUUUCCUCUAAAUGUCUGUUUUGCAAUAUUCUUGUGUCUUCCAUUGUUCAGAAAGUAUUAUUCUUCCUCUUACUGGAAAACUCCCAAUGAGAUCACAUAGGUUUGAUAUUCCAAAGAUCUGCCCUUUGGGGCAGUGAGAGCACGGUGGGUGAUGUGACUCUCUAUUUGCGGGUGCCUGUGCUCCUGUGACCAGUCCUUUGGUGUUCGUGAGAGCCUGGGGCCAUCAGCACUGAGGAACAGGAAACUGGCUGUAGCCCAGGGCUCAUGCUCCAGUGAUUGUUAGAAAGUAGAGUUGUAUUCCCAGAAGGAAUAGAACCUAUGUAAAAAUCAUAUGACUAUAUAUUAUUAUUAUUGUCAUCAUUUACAAAGGGAGGCUACAGAAUCCCGAUUUGUACCUAGUCUGUGACAUCCUGAGUUUCAGGCUUGUUUUUUUAGCCCCGUGUCCCUAGCAUCUCAGCGCUAAGCGCAACAAAUGUUUGCUACAUGAGUGAUGACAACCCCCACUCCCUUCCCCUAUUGUUUCAAGCUCUCCUGUUAAAGCCCUGAGAGCUGAUUGUCUCCUCUUAUCUGGGUGUACGUGGGGUAGAGGGUUCCCCGUGAACCCCAGAGAUAGCUCAUUGCCCCUCCGGGCAGCCCUGCUGUUGCUAAUCUUUCCCAGGGUUUGAACCCACAUCUGUCUUUUGCAGCUUUUCCACUAGCCACAGGAAAAUCCCCUGCAGCCUGUUGAGUAUAAACUGGCCUCCCUGUGACAUCCCUAGAAAUAUUUCCUCCCUCCUUCCCACCUUCCCCACCAAUUCUUACUCUUUCUUCCAGGUCCAUUUCAAGUAUCACUUCCUCCAAGCCUUCAAAAAACAUAACUACAAAGACAUUA